CCCGGAAGAGGCGUCCGAGGGACCUGCCCCUCGCUUCGGGCGGCGCAAGUCGGCGGGAAGCUGCGGGCCGAGGGCGCAGUCUCCGAGAAAAGGCGAGGGCCGCGCGGAGCGGAAUGCCGGGCGCCUGAGCUGGACGCAAGCGCGCAUUUCACCCCGGAGACGUCAAGGCGCGCCCGGGAGGUGCUGCCGUUCCCGGGAAGGUCGCCAUGGCCGCGGCCGCCGCCUCGCUGGAAGACGGCCUGGAGGCCCGCCACCCAGCCUCCAAACAAGAACCUAUUGUGGAAACUGCAGAAGAAGCCACAGAGCCAGCAGAAGCUGAUAUUAAUGAACUUUGUACAGAAAUGUUCAAUAAAAUGGCGAUCUACCUAACGGGUGAACUAACUGCAACUAGUGAAGAUUACAAACUCCUGGAAAACAUGAACAAACUAACUAGUUUGAAGUAUCUGGAAAUGAAAGACAUUGCUAUAAACAUAAGUCGGAAUUUGAAAGACUUAAAUCAGAAAUAUGCUGCACUUCAACCAUACCUGGAACAAAUCAAUCAGAUUGAAGAGCAAGUUGCAGUUUUGGAACAGGCUGCCUACAAGCUGGAUGCAUAUUCCAAGAAACUCGAAGCAAAGUACAAAAAAUUGGAAAAGCGAUGAAAGAAGAGCCUUAAUCUGCUUCUAGAAUACAUGACUUUUUUUUAGGAAGCUAAAUCCAAGAUUUCUGCUAUUGAAUUUCUGAAACAGUAUUUAUUCCUCAGCAAUGCAUUUGGACUAAAAUAAUCAAAGAAGGUUCAAAAGUAGCCGAGACUACACAAGUCUAUGAAUUAACUACUUUUGUUAUUGUAGAAUGUAUUCCUUUUUACUUUUUUGAUAUUCAUUUUACUGAGAAAUCACUCUUAACUGCUUCAAUUCUGCCCAUGAUUUUUUUAUAGUUUGUUAUGAAGCAAGAAAUUGGUCACUUCUGCACUCUAUAAAUCCUUUCACUUGUAAAUCAAGAUUUGUCUCCUGAUUGCCACUAAAACUUUACUAAAACAAAUUUUCUGGCCUUGUUUAUAUUUUUAGUUUUGCUGAAUAAAUCCAGGAAAAAUCUGACUUCAUCCAGAAAGAGUUUGAAUCACAUGAGAUUUAACUAUUAAGACCUAAUUUAGCAUGAGUGUAAUACAAGAACUCUAAUAUGCUAUCAGCACUUACUUGCAUGGGUUGAAGACAAAUGUAAAAAUUCCAUAUAAUUAAAGUUUAUUGAUUUCAGUAGGACAGAUCAAUUGCUAGAAUGUCA